AUGCAGCGACUUGGGCUACGGCUCACCGAAACGCUAGCGAAACAAAUCCGCCGCUCCUUUCAUUUCAGUCCAGAGCUGCAAUGUUUGAGACAAGUAAGGACGAGUCCGUCGUCGGGCGUUCUACCGUUGGAUGCGGUACCAGCUCGGCCCAACGCGGUAUGGUCGGCACCAGUUGGCACCUUACAGUCGCUGCAGAGAUGCGCUUGCCAGGGGCGAACGCACACACGAAGCCUCAGUGUCGUGUCAACCUCAGCAGCGGGAUCUACGGCGGUGGCGGCGGCUCCUCGGGACCCCUACGAGGUGCUCGGCGUACCGCGAAACGCAACGCUUGCCGAAAUAAAGAAAGCGUACUAUCGAUUGGCUAAAGAACAUCACCCUGACUCUGGUGGUGAUAAAUCCAAAUUUGCCGAAAUCAACGCAGCAUACGAGCUCCUCAGUGACGAAAAGAAGCGCAAACAGUACGAUCGGUACGGUUUCCGCGAGGAUGGUGAGGGAGCCUCUGCAAGCGGGUUUGAGUACGCCCCCGGCAGCGGUGCUGAGGACAUUCUCCGUCAAUUUCGCGAGUUCUUCGGCAGCAUGGCCGAUGAGACAGCUUCUGGUGCAGGUCCAAUGGGCAGCGGUUUUGGCUUUUUUGCACGCGGCGCGGAUGUGGAGGUACCCCUGGUCCUGUCCUUCAUGGAGGCGGCCCGCGGUACCGAGAAAACCGUGCAGGUCUCAGCGGCGGUGGAGUGUCGCGCAUGUCGAGGUACUGGUUCCAGCGGUGGUCGCACGGAAUGGAGCCCUUGUGCCCAAUGUGGCGGCACAGGACAGGAGAGUUAUCAGCGCGGCUUUUUUGCUUUCCAAAGCACCUGCAGACGCUGCGGUGGUAGCGGCAGGCGCCUGCGGAACCCCUGUUCUACGUGUACCGGCUCUGGCGUGACACCUGGUCUGCGUCGCGUCGCAGUGCGGGUGCCCGCAGGUGUCGACAGCGGUUACAGUUUGCGAGUCAGCGGCAAAGGUGAGGCAGCGCCGCACGGCGGCACACCGGGCGAUCUAUACGUUCGCAUCCAGGUCGAAGAUGAUCCCUAUUUUCACCGCGAGGGACCUCACUUGCACGUUGUUGCGCCCAUUAGCUUCGCGGAUGCAGCGCUUGGUGGUGCGGUGCGCGUCCGAACCCUCGACGGCGAGGCCGAAGUCAAGAUUCCUCCGGGUACCCAGCCGGACGAUGUGCGUGUAAUGCGAGCGAAAGGUCUACCUCGCCCUGGUAUUGGGACUGCCGAGCGCGGCAACCAAUACGUCCAUUUCCGACUGCGUGUCCCUACGAGCUUAACGAGCAGAGAACGGGAACUCAUUGAAGAAUUGCGACAAAUCGAACAACAGCGACGUGGCAAUCGGCCUUCGGAGGCCGCCUACGACAGCGACGCAAACGAGGAAGCAGGAUCUAAGAAUUUUUUCCGUCGACUCAAGUCGCUGUUCGCUACCGGUGGUGCAUAG